ACGGAUGACAUCGACUCCAUCAUAGCUCGAGUUUUUGAUUUCCAAUUUCAGAAGAUGGGCUCGUUCCGAAAGCCUCGGCCACGUUUCAUGAGCUCCCCAGUGCUGAGCGAUUUGCCACGAUUCUUGGCAGCUCGGCAAUCUCUACAGUUCAGAUCAAACUCUGCCUGGAACAGCGUUCAAACAGCAGUGAUCAAUGUCUUCAAAGGGGGAGGCUUGCAAAACAAUGAACUCUACAUCCUCAACGAAAAUGUCAGGCAGUUGUUGAAGAGUGAGCUUGGAUCCUUCAUCACAGACUAUUUUCAGAACCAACUUCUUGCAAAAGGUUUGCUAUACAUAGAAGAAAAAGUUAAGUUUUGUGAAGGCAAGUAUAGAAAUUGACAACUUGGGGAAGGGCUCUGGGACCACAUGAGAUUGAACCAUAUUCCAAUGCCAAUGGAUGCCAUUUUUCUCUCUGUGUAUAUAUAGGGUCAAGAAUUGACCAUUCGUCAGAUUUCCUUGCUUGGCUUCCGAGACUUGGUCUUAUUAAGAGUAAAGUUGGAUGAGAUUCUUCCUCUGGUCCAAAGUAACCUUCCACCCUCCAUUAUCCAGAUGCUGCUGAUUUUACAGGGAGUCCAUGAACCUACAGGUCCCACUAAGGCAUUUAUACAACUAGAAGAACUUGUAAAACUGGUAGUUUCCCCAUACCUUGGUUUGUGUGAAGAACAUUGCUUCCCUGGCAGUACCUGUGCCCUGGAGAGGCGGUAUUACAGAUCUCGUUACAAACCCAAUGGACUAAGCAUCUCUUCUCACACAGUGGCAACCCGACAGGUCAGUGAGACCGCCUUGACACCCUUGACUGAACAGGAAGGCGAGGCUUACCUUGAGAAGUGUGGGAGCAUCCGCCGGCAUACUGUCGCCAAUGCUCAUUCUGAUAUCCAGCUGUUAGCCAUGGCUUCCAUUAUGCACUCAGGCAUGCUAGCAGAAGAACCAGACAAUGGCGACCAAUGUCUCCUUUUACAACCCAGUUUGAACCACAGACAGUUUUCUAGUGAGCCCAGCAUAGCAGAUGGACCAGAAGAACUGGCCACCCAAGAUAUGGAGGGGACUGCAGAACUGAAUUGCACAUCUGUCUGUUGAAACAGAGGAAAAGAACACUCCUGCACAGCAGAGGAAGCCGAUGUUACUUUUCAUGCUGCUUAGAUCAAGAAUUAGAUCUACAGGGCACAUCCUGGAGCUGAUUGUGUUCUUAGGCUCUAAUAUUAUGAGGGUCCUUUCUGUGGACUCCAAAGGUACAAAGUUGUUUCAGCUGAAACAUUCCAAUGUUGUCCCAGAGCAAUGGUUUCUCAGAGUUUGUUUUUCCAGCUAGGUUUUUGUACCCUCAGCUGCAUUCAGUUUUUGUCUUAUCCGGAGGGUGAACACAGUAAUCCUAGUUUUAUUCUGCCUUGCAGAUUGUGAAGAGGAACUCCACUGUUAGGGACAGGCAGUUAUUUCUUCUCAAUUGUAAUGUCUUAUGAAAAAUACAAGGGAAGCCAGUUGUAAAAUCUUCAAGGUUGUUGCAGUGGUACAUCCCUUGGUAGGGCAAUGAAUCAUGUUCAUUAUAAUAUGGUAUACACCUAAACUAUAAAAAUAGGGGCAGUAAAACCUAUUCCACUCUCUAUCAUCAGAGCUAGUCAGAGCAACAUAUUCUAUUCUGGGUGAAUAAAAUAAAAUGAAAGCAGUAGCCUAAAACAAAAAGGGCGUUGGUCCUUACCUGAGAGCCUCCUUUUGCCUGCCUCCUGGGGAGAGCAUCAGUGAGAGUUGGCUCUGAGCUGGAGGUGUCUGAUCAGAUGGCAGAGUAGAAGAAGAAGCCUUUUUACUGGCUGCCUUCUUAUGAAUUCUCUCUAAGAUUUUGUCCUUCUGUUUCUCAUAUCGUGAACUGGGCUUGGAAGACUUUUUUAAUUUUUUUUUUCCUUAACUGAGGUUUGUGCUGUCUUUUUGCUAGCCCUGGCUGCUUCCCUGCCAUCAGAAGUAGAAGGCUGGGAGGGGGAAUGAGGCACUGAGGCUGCUUCAAGUGUGAUACUUGAGCGUCCCCAGGCAACUCAGGAGCCGGUAUGGAGUUUUAUGCACUAAACACAGCCUCCAUGUUGCCAACUGACAGCAACUGACAGGCAUUCAAAAUGGCGAUUCGCGCCUUUUUCAACUGUCAUGAAGCGCGCGCUAGACAACAAGGAUAAAUUCGUCCUGUGGCUCAGUCACACUAGCGGCGCUCCAACACAACUCUUACAAUUUCAGUUUUCCUCAAGAACUCCCUCUGGGUCGCUCCGUGGCAGCGUUUUGUAUUUAUAUAGUCAUAGCUGCCAUGGUUCGCCGCUCAACUGUUUGAGCAGGGAGCCAAAUUGUUUCUUCUCGCUUCCGAAGAUAGGCGUUUAGAGAGGGAAGCUGAAGCUGACAGCCAGCCCGCUGUUUCAAACCGCGGGAAGCCGUUUAUCACCGUUUUGAGUCGCUCUAGUUGCAGCGACAGUCUAUACACCCUGACUGGGUUUAGAGGCUCAGACCGCUCCAAAAUCACUGUCCCGUGAGGGGCUUUGAUACUGGGGUCACUUUCUGGCACUCCCUAUCAUUUACUCACAACACCUUAAUUUUCAAUCCACCUUAAUUUUCAAUCCAUAUCCGAUGGUCUUUUAAGACUGGAGAAAGCAAUGAUGCAGCCGCCCUCAUCGAGGGACUGAGUUUAAAGCUGGGUCUAUCUAGCAGGAGCGUGGUUUAUCAACGUUAUCAGACCCAGUUCUCGCGAUGAGUGGAUGAAGGUUAAUCCAAUCUGGAUGCUGCCUCCACCACCAGGCAGAACUACCGUAGCUAGCAUAUUGUUUUGAUGUUUUGAUUGCAAUACUAGCAGGCUACUGCUAGAUCAGCAGGUCAGCGGUUCAAAUCUCACCGGCUCAGGGUUGACUCAGCCUUC